GCCAGGUUUCUUUGCUUUGUCUGUUUCUAGGACGAGGAGGUGAUCAUUAGCUCCUGUUCCGGUAUCGCACACUCAGGAUGGAUCCAGAUGAACCCGUUUUAAGUGCAGCGUUCUUUGCUUCCUCUGUAUCGUCCGCACCGGCGGCACAGCUCAUCGUAGGGGACACGGAACCCGUCACUACCGAAGAUGAGGCACGGCCUGUGGAUGCCUAUGACGAAGAGGACGAUGAAGAUGGCGCUGCAAGCGUAGGACGAGCUGCGGCUGAGGAGGAUGAGCAUGGGUCUGCAGAAACCCCUUCCGACGCGCUGACGGCAGCGGAGUUUACAGUUGCGGACGCACCAGCCCCUACACGGUUGGCUGACGCACAUGCCAAUGGAGAAAGUGUGGAGGCGAUAGAAGCUGCAGUUGCAAACCUAGCUCUCAAGCACGCAGCAGGCGGGAGCAGCACUGAUCCGCCUACGGAUGUGCUCCCUUCACGAACCGGUGCACCGACCGAUUCCGCGGAGGCCUCCACAUCGGAUGCCGAUGACGAGGGAACUCUGUGGCAUACGUAUCCCAAGCAUUUCUUUAUUUUAAGCUCCGCUGGCAAGCCAAUUUACAGCUAUUGCGGCGAGGAUAAGUCUCUCGUAGGCAUGACAGCCCUCAUCUCGGCGCUUGUAUCCGUCGUGCAAAGUCAGGGCGAUACCGUGCAGCACAUCCGGUCAGGCUCGACCCUCAUCGUUUUCAUGCUGCACGGCCCGCUCUACUUCGUUGUCGCUUCCAGCGUGGGUGAACCAGCAACCGCCCUGAAGAAGCAGCUAGAGUUGCUGUAUGGCCAGCUGGUGCUUAUCGUAACGACAGGGCUUGAACGCAUCAUCCAGCGGAACCCAUCUUAUGAUGUACGCUCCUUGCUCGACGGGGUUGGCGGGGUGCUGUCAGCGCUUGUGGGCAUGCUAAGUGCGGACGCGUCUUACCUGCUAGGAGCGUACAAGCCCCUCCCUGUGCCAGCUGCGGAUCGCACCGCCAUCACAGAACUGCUGUCGGACGCAGUACGGGCAUCAGGGGCGGUGUACGGUCUGCUCAUGGCGGAUACAUAUAUUGUUGCCAUGUCGCGCGCCAAGCAGCAGCCUGCACUGCAUCCAGAUGACCUCCUCUUGCUGGCGAACUUCGUUAUGUGCAAUAACGCAUACAGACAUGGCCAUGGCGAGGCUUUCUCGCCUGUCUGCGUGCCGCACUACAACUCGGACGCCUUCCUGCAUGCCUACAUCCACUACUUAGACGCGUCAUCGGGUCUUUACCUGGUGCUACUGUCCGGGAGCGCGGAGGCCUUCCACCAGCUGUCGGCGGCCCGACUGUGGUUUGAGGAUCAGGCGUCGGCUAGAGGCCUGAUGCCCCGCAUGCGCUCUCUUUGUCCGUUGCAACAUGCGGGCAACAGCAACGGCAGCACCAGCAGCAGCGGGGUCGCCAGGCGGCAGCAACAGCAGCAGCUCAACGUGUUGUCCGUGGAGAACCUCCCGCGGCCUCUGGGCGGCAAGUUCGGCCACACUCCGUUGUGGAGCUACGUUGUCCGCUUCCAGCAGCUGCAGCAGGCCAUCAUCUCGCCACCCUGCCCGCUGCACCGGUCGCCAGCCGGCGCGGCUCGCCUGGCCGCCUCCUACACGCAACUCCACAGCCUACUCCACUCGCCAGCCGCUCCUGGUCGGCCCAACAAGAUGGCCUGGUUCGCGAGCUCGGCGUCGGUGCUUGUGGCGGCACGCGACCGCGACAUGGAGCUGUAUUUGGACCACCUUUGUAUUGUCUGCGAACUGUACAGCCGUGAUAAGGUCCGGGUCAUUCGGCUAUGCCCACCCCACAUUAGUAACCAGCAGAGCAAUGCCUGCAAUGUGAACAAGUAG